UCUGUGCCAGAUUCUCCUGCUGGAAGCUACUGCUGCAGCAGCACAGCCCUGUUCCCUGUAGCUCCCUGUUUAAAUAUCAAUAGAUACACAGAUAUCCUCCCUGUUUUGAUGCUGUUUCCUUUUCAAACCAUCAAACACUUUCUGCACCCCCAACCCCCCUUCUUUUCCUAACAAUGGGGUUAUGACUGAGCCUUGCAUCAUUGAUCAAAUGAUGUUUGAGGUUAAAAAUAAGGCAGCCUGCAGGGACAACUGGCUAUAAAUGCUGGAUCAAGAUCUCCCUUUCAAAACAGAACACCAUACUCUGACAUCUUGAGAUCAGAAGUGAAGAGGUGGCUGGCGAUCUCUCCCUUCCUGUCUUUUUAUGCAGAGAAUGAAUCUCUCUAUCACCUUCUCUCUGCUCCUGCUGAUCGGCCCAAACCCUUGUCAGACUCUUUUCCCAAGUCCCGAGGAAGGCUGGGAAAUCUACAGCUCCGCCCAGGAUCCGGAUGGGAAGUGCAUCUGUGCAGUGGUGGCCCAGCGGAGCAUGUGUUCACGGGAUGCACGCAGUAAGCAACUCCGACAGCUGCUCGAGAAGGUUCAGAACAUCUCACAGUCUAUAGAGGUCCUGGAUCUGCGCACUUACCGUGAUCUCCAGUAUGUACAGAACACAGAAUCAUUGAUGAAGGUUCUCAACGCCAGGUUGAAAGUCGCAUCAGAGAGCCAAACCAACCUGUUGAACAGAAAUUUCCAGGAACUCAAGGAGAAGAUGAAUGAAUUGUUGCCACUGAUACCGGUCCUCGAUCAAUACAAGUCGGACGCCAGACUGAUUCUAAAGUUAAAGGAAGAAGUUCGGAACUUGUCAGUGGUCCUGCUGGGAAUCCAGGAAGAAAUGGGCGCCUAUGACUAUGAGGAACUCCAGCACCGGGUUAUGCUUCUUGAGCAGAGGCUCCACGCCUGCAUGCAGAAACUAGGCUGUGGGAAGCUGACGGGGAUCAGUAACCCAUUCACCGUCCGGGCCUCUGGCUCCCGCUUUGGAGCAUGGAUGACUGACACUCUGGCUUCGAGCACAGAGAAUCGGUUGUGGUACAUGGAUGGAUACCUGAAUGGUCGGACCGUGCGCGAGUUCCGCUCCUUCAACGACUUUGUCAAGGGAGAGAAGUUUGUGAUCUACCGCCUGCCCCACCCUUGGGCAGGCACGGGCCACGUGGUCUUCAACGGCUCACUGUACUACAACAAGUACCAGAGCAACAUCGUCAUCAAGUACCACUUCCGGUCGCGCAGCGUCCUGGUGCAGCGGAGCCUGGACGGAGCCGGCUACAACAACACCUACCCUUACUCCUGGGGCGGCUUCUCCGACAUUGACCUGAUGGUGGACGAGAGCGGCCUGUGGGCCGUCUACACCACCAACCAGAACGCGGGCAACAUCGUCAUCAGCCGGCUGGACUCCCAGACGCUGGAGAUCCUCCAGAGCUGGGACACGGGCUACCCCAAGCGGAGCGCUGGGGAGUCGUUUGUGAUCUGCGGCACGCUCUACGUCACAAACUCCCAUCUCGCUGGCGCCAAGAUUUAUUUUGCCUAUUACACUAAUACGUCAAGCUAUGAGUACACUGAUAUUCCAUUUCACAACCAGUACUCACACAUAUCCAUGCUGGACUACAACCCUAGAGACCGGGUUCUUUAUACGUGGAAUAACGGUCACCAGGUCCUCUACAAUGUCACCCUUUUCCACGUUGUAAAGACAUCAGGCGAGCUGUAAUGUCGUGAUUGGACACUCCUUUUUACAUUUAAGCAUACCGAUACUUAUAAAAGAGGAAACAACAGACUGUUCAGUGUGAGUGCGCAUGGUUUCUUUUUGUGUUACCGAACAAUAAAGUUUAACUUUGAA